GGAGCCUGGCCAUGAGGUCUGGCCUCAGGUGAAGGUGAAGCAGGAAGACUCUGCAAACGCGAGCCCGCGGAGCGAGGACCACGUGACGGGGGGUGCCGGGGGGGCGGGGGGGGGGGCCUCGUCGUCGUCGCCGUCGUCUCCGGAGGGGGCGGCCGACGGGGCGACUGCCGAGGUGGAGGUGGAGCUGAGCGACGAGGACGGCGGCGGCGGCGGAGAGACGGGAGGCGCUCACUCACGAGGAGGCGACGGCGACGCCGCUGCCGCCGCUGCUGCCGGCGCCGAGCAUCUGCUGCGGUGCCGUCACUGCGGCAAGGCGGUGCCGGACGCGGCGAGCCUGCGCCGGCAUGAGCGCUCGCACACGGUGGAGCGGCCGCACGUGUGCGGCGAGUGCGGCCGCGGCUUUCCGAGCCGGCGCAACCUGCGGCGCCACCAGAGCACGCACGCGGGCCAGCGCGCGUUCCCCUGCGCCGACUGCGGACGCGUCUUCACGCAGCCCUCCAGCCUCAAGAUGCACUCGCGCACGCACGCCGCGGGCGGCAGCGCUGGCCGCUCGGGCGUCCACGAGUGCCCCGAGUGCGGCAAGCGUCUGUCGGACGCGCGCAGCCUCAAGCGUCACGCGCGCACACACACGGGGGAACGGCCGUACGUGUGCGCGGAAUGCGGCAGCGACUUCCCGCACGCGUCCAGCCUCAAGGCGCACGCGCGCACACACACGGGGGAACGCCCGCACUGCUGCCCGCUGUGCGGCAAGCGCUUCGCACACCUGCACAGCCUGAAGUCGCACGCGCGAGCCCACCUGGGGGAGCGCCCGCACGCCUGCAAGAUCUGCCGCAAGGCCUUCCGCAACAAGUGGAACCUCAAGCGCCACCUGAGCACGCACUCGGGCGAGAAGCCGUACGCCUGCGCCGAGUGCGGCCGCGGCUUUCUGCAGUUCUCCAACCUGCGCACGCACGCGCGCACCCACUCGGGGGAGCGCCCGCACGCUUGCGCAGAGUGCGGCAAGGGCUUCGCGCAGCUCUCGGGCCUCAAGAUCCACGCCAAGACGCACACCGGGGAGCGGCCGCACGCGUGCUCCGAGUGCGGCAAGGGCUUCCUGCACCGCUCCAGCCUCAAGGUGCACGAGCGCGUCCACUCGGGCGAGCGACCGCACGCGUGCGCCGAGUGCGGCAAGGGCUUCUCGCAGCCGUCGAGCCUCAAGAUCCACGCCAAGACGCACACGGGGGAGCGGCCGCACGUGUGCGAGCAGUGCGGCCGCGGAUUCCCCAACGGGCGCAACCUCAAGCGCCACCUGGCGACGCACACGGGCGAGAAGCCCCACGCGUGCGCAGAGUGCGGCAAGGGCUUCCUGCACCUCUCCAACCUCAAGAUCCACGGGCGCGUGCACACGGGGGAGCGCCCGCACGCCUGCGACGAGUGCGGGCGCCGCUUCUCCAACCUGUCCGACGUCAAGAAGCACUACCGCACGCACACGGGCGAGCGGCCGCACGUCUGCGGCGAGUGCGGCCGCGGCUUCACCAGCGUGUGCAACCUGCGGCGCCACCACGUGCUGCACACGCGCGACCACCCGCACGAGUGCGCCGAGUGCGGCAAGCGCUUCUCACUGCUCUCCACGCUCAAGAACCACCUGCGGCGACACCGCCAGAGGGGAACGCCGGGCCCGGAGCUGGGGGGGCCGAUGGCCGAGUGGCCGGAGCCCGUGGGGUUGGAGGAGGAGGGGGAGGGGGGGGAGGGGCCGCGCGGUGGAGAAGGCCGGCCCUGA